AUGAAUGGGGACCUGAGUCUCUCUCAGGCUCUCGGAGGACUUCGAAUCGCCAAUCCCGACGAUGCUACUGAUGCUGUCCACGACGACCCGAAGCCGUCGGCACCCCCAGACGAUGUCGAAGCUUACAGGAACGCUUCGCAGCCCCAAUCUCAAUUUCAAUCCCAACCUCAACGCACCCUACACUCCUCCGACGGCUUGCGGGUGACGCUCUCCGAUGCAACAGCAGGAUCCGACGUCGUGUCUGGUCCAGGGGCGCAAUACCUUGGCCGAGAACCCAGCCAAAGGGCGCCUUCACGCUACCAUCACCCACCCCAGCCCGCGAUUUCACGACAGCCGUCCCAGCGCGAGGGCAGUGCUGCUUCGAGUGCCAAAUCUCAGGCAUUCGCCGGCGAUGCCCCCGUCCCAACAACCAGCGAAGAAUGGAAAGACCGCGGCGCUGCCGUUGGUGUACGCCGAGAGCUCGACAAAAGCGGCCGUCCGGUCGUUCGACAGAUCAAAAAAGGAGUUCGAGACUUCUCCUUUGGACGGACGCUCAAGGAGUACGCCAUCAAAGUUUUAGAAAAGAGACACAUCAUCAAGGAGAAGAAGAUCAAAUACGUCAAUAUCGAAAAGAACACAUUAAAUCGCUUGACCGAGCACCCUGGCAUUGUUCGUCUGUACUACACGUUCCAAGACGAGACGUCCCUCUACUACGUGCUUGAUCUAUGCAAUGGCGGCGAGCUGCUCGGCGUGCUGAAGAGGACCGGCACGUUUGAUGUUGAAUGUACCAGAUACUAUGGGGCCCAGAUUCUCGACGCCAUUGACUACAUGCACUCUCGAGGAGUUAUACACCGUGACUUGAAACCAGAAAACGUACUACUCGAUGACCAGAUGCACGUCAAGAUUACAGAUUUCGGCACAGCCAGGCUCCUCAACGACCCCCGAACCACGCAGGACGGCAACGCCGACGGUGGCGAUGGACUCGACACGGAUAAUCGUAACGACGAUGGCCGUGCGGCAUCUUUUGCUAGCGACCUUUGGGCUUUUGGGUGUAUCAUCUAUCAGCUACUGGCUGGACGGCCACCCUUCAAGGCCGGCAGCGAAUACCUGACGUUCCAGAAGAUUGUCAACUUGGAAUACGAAUUUCCUCAAGGAUUUCCUCCUUUGGCACGAGACUUGGUGGAGCGAUGCCUUGUUCUUGACCCGGCUAGGAGACUCACCAUCGAGCAUAUCAAGAAUCAUGAGUUCUUCAGCGGCCAGCCUUUUGGAAGAACUUUGUGGAGGUCUAAAGCUCCACGACUGCGUCCUUAUGUCCCACCCGCCCAGGAACCAAACAUCAUCCAGCUCAACAACUUUUCAACAAGCCCUAGCCCGAACACCCGAGCACAGCCACCAAACAGCUCGCAAGGUAAUCCAGUGAACGGCAAUAACCGACCUGCCCGCAUCAUCACGGAGUUGCCACCCCCGACACAACUGGACAUUGAGUGGUCUCCAGUGCUUACACGAAACAACGAACGCAUCUUGAAGCUUGGCGACAUGAUGGUUCUUUCCACGCCAAUACCCAAUGGAUCCAACGGGAAGGGGUCUGACGAGGGCCAUAGGAAACUGGCUCGAUUCUUUGGUGGAAGCACGACCAAAAAGAGGCAGAGGCUCGUCAUGGUCACUUCAAGCGGCCGUAUCUUGUUGGCUCCAGCUGGUGGUGAAGAGAAGAGAGCAAAGCAGGAGCUGUCGCUUCUGGCACCGGAUACAACGUGGAAAACUCAUCAGGAUGCCAAGGGCCAGUACGUAUGGUGUCUCGAUACGGGCGGCCAACACUUUACAUUUGAAGAAACAAAGACUGCAUCUAGUUCUGGGGGCGACCAUGCGUUUGCUGAAGAGUGGGUGGAAAGCCUAGAGAGGGCCAGAGACAUGGCAUUGUCACAACAGACGCUGGCAGCUGAUGCCGGCUUUGGCGAGAUGUCGUCAACAGUAUCAACACCAUCCAGCACUCUAGUUGGCAGGGGGAACACUUCAGAUGGCUUUGCCGGCAGCGACCGAUCUGGGCGUAACCAUUUGAGCAAAGGCCAAGCCAGCAUUGAAGACCCCGCGCCGUCAAAAAGGAACCGCUUUAGCAAGAGACAAUCACGCAAUGGUCUAGGACCUGCAUUCUAA